AUGAGCGAGCUGGAGGAGGACUUCGCAAAGAUCCUGCUGCUGAAGGAGGAGAGGAUACGCGACUUGGAGCGACGUUUGAACGACAGGGACGAGGAGAUCCAGGAGCUUAAAAGGAAACUGCACAAAUGUCAGUCUGUUCUGCCCAGCGCGCAGCAACUUAUCCCCCCCAGGACCCGGAGAGCGCAGGGCAUCUCCGCGGAGCCACAGCCGCAGCAGGACUUGUCCAGGCAGGCGUUUCGCAAAUUCGCCAAGUCGGAAUGGUGA